UACCCCCGUCCCAGCGCGCGCUGCUUCACUCGCCCUCAGACCGGCCAUGGCGCAGCUUCGGGGACAGAGCCUUGCCUUCUUCUCCUGGGCGCUGCUCCUCCUGGGAGCGGCGGUGGUUUCCCAGCCGGGCUUCGUCGGAGGAUGGCGGGACCGCUCCGUCUCCGAUCCCGACGUGCUGAAAGCGGCAGCGUUCGCCGCCCAAGCCUACAACAAGGCCAGCAACAGCCGCGUGUAUUUCAAGGCGGAACGCAUCCUGGAGGCCAAGAGCCAGGUUGUGGCAGGAACGAAAUACUCCCUGACCGUGGAAAUGGUGAGCACAGCGUGUGAAAAGAAAGGCGGGUCCGAUCUGGAGAACGUUGACCUGGAUCACUGCAAGAUGGCUCCGGAGGGAGAGCAGCAGAAGCAAGUCUGCAUCUUCCAGGUCUGGAGCCGUCCUUGGCUGGAGGAUACGCAGUUGCUGCACAUGAGUUGCUCAGAGAUGACUUCCUAAGGGAAUGCCCAAGACGGACGGACCGGCUCCAACCCGCUUCAACAAUCACUGCUUAGUGUAGUUUAGGAGGAGAGGUUGCCUUCUGCAGAGAAGCAAAUGCGCUCUUGCACUCUUUUGUGCAGAACAGAAUCAGGGGAAGGAAUCCUGCUUUACCUCAUUGGUGUAAAUACUGGGCUGUGCCACUGAAUUCUAUCUCAUUCAUCUGUGCUUAAAAUUGCAAUUUCCCAGAACUUUCCCAUUAUGCACCAGCCCAGAUAUUAUGAGUGGAAAACAAUGUUUCUUCAUAAAAUUAUGGAAGUAGUCCCGAAGUUAUCCCAACAGCAGGGAUACUGGGCUAUGCCAUUGAAUUGCAUCCAAUUCAUUCAAUGUUUACAUUGUAUUUUUCCCAGACACUUCAAAUUAUGCCAAAUGGUUUCAUGCUUCUCCAUAAAUUUCCAUGUCAUGCUCCCACCCCAGGAGGAAAUGCAUAACGGUAGGGAGAAAAUAAGUAAUUCACAUUCAUAUAUACAUAUAUAUCUAUAUCUAUAUCUCAAUCAGGUGGCUCAGAGGAGAAGGAAAUGAAGGUAAGUCCCUAUAUGGCUGGCAGUUUAUACGUUCUCUUCCCCACAAAGCCAAGAAUACUUGCAUUUUCAUCCUCUGAAUUGGAAAACUUUGGGGGAGCAAGUUGGAUGGGUGCAAAACCUAUAAAAUAGCCUUCUGUGUCCCAUCCUUAAAAAAAUAAAUAUUGGCUGCUCUUAAAUGUAUACAUGUCUGUCAGACUAGAAGAUCUUGGGGUUAAAAUCAAGCUCACCACAAUGUAACACUGGAGACAAAUGUUUUAAUCCUUCUUUCCAGAAUCCUAAAAAGACAGUUCUAAAGUUUUCCCGCUCCAGCAUCCUGUGUAUAACAUCCCAACUCCCAUCCGCCCCCUAGUGGCCAAGCACAGUGCCCACAGUCUGUGAACUGCAAUUUCAAUUUCCCUCACAAAACAGAUGUCUUACCUACACUACCUUCCCCAACUGUACCGAGCCUCCCUCCCACCUCCCUUCUAUAUGGCACAGAACCAAAGCAGCCAGACCCAGGCAUAUAUGGUGAUCAUGACACAUGUCCCUAGUACGAUCAUGCUGCAAAAUUUGCAUGGGGGUGGAAGGAAUCUGCAACCAAAAUCCCCCAUUUUGAUUUUUUUUUCUUUCAUGCGACUCCUCCGUAUCUUCUUUGAUUUGUCUGUCUUUUCUUGCAAAUAAAGGGAUUUUUUGUUCCUCC